AUGAUCGUCGACCCCGUGCAGGCCUUUGCUACGGGCACCAUCCCGAUUGCCACGAGCUCCGCCACUCCCCUGCCCACCAUCAUUCCGUCGCUGCCAGAGUACCAGACAGCUACCGAUACUGGCAACCGCACACUAUGGGUCGUCUUCGUUGUCAUGCUCGUCGCCUCCAUCGUCUUCGCCGGCUUGUCAUGGAACGUCCCAAUGUCUAAGCGCCUUUACCACAUCGUCACUUGCCUCAUCACCAUCUUCGCCUCCCUCUCCUACUUCGCCAUGGCUACCGGCCACGGUAUUGGCUACCACCACGUCGUCGAGCGCGAGUCCCACAAGCACGUUCCGGACACCACUUACGACGUCUACCGUGAGGUGUACUGGGCUCGCUACGUUGACUGGUCGCUUACCACCCCGCUUCUCCUCCUUGACCUCUGCCUUCUCGCCGGCAUCAGCGGUGGCAACAUCAUGAUCGCCAUCGUUGCCGACAUCAUCAUGAUCCUUGGCGGUCUCUUCGCUGCCUUCGGCUCCGAGGGUACUCCGCAGAAGUGGGGUUGGUACACCAUUGCCUGCAUUGCCUACCUUGUGGUCAUUUGGCAACUCGCCUACAACGGCCGUGCCAUGGCCAUGAGCAAGGGUGGCAAGGUUGGCAACUUCUUCGCCGCCAUCGGUGGCUUCACCCUUGUCAUCUGGACUGUCUACCCUAUCAUCUGGGGUAUCGCCGACGGCUCCCGUAACAUGAACGUCGAUGAGGAGAUCAUUGCCUACGCUGUUCUGGACAUCCUCGCCAAGCCCGUCUUCGGUACAUGGCUCAUUUACACCCAUAUGACCAUGCCGGAGACCAACGUGGAGAUUGGUGGCUUCUGGUCUGAGGGUCUCAAGGGUGAGGGCCAGCUCCGUGUCGGAGAUGACGACGAGGGUAAGCAAGACGGUCUGGCGAAGCGACCGGAGAAGGACGAGCUUGUGGAACGCAAUAUCUUGCCGGACAGCAUGGCGGCUCCUGCAUUGCAGGAGAAGCAGAGGGAGUUGGAGAAGCAUAUGCGCGCGGAUAGUCUGGAGAAACAUUUGCAGCAGCGGCCGAAGGUGGAGGAGCUGGUGAAGGAGGGCAUCUUGCAGCCGGACGAGAACCCGAUUGCGGAGGGCUAA